AUGUCGUCCAGUGAAGCAGCUCUCUCCUUAUUUCCGUACACUAGGUGCUAUUGUGAAGAAAACGUUUAUAACUUUUGCCGGCUUAUCGAAGAGGGAGCAUCUAGUGACUUGCCUCAGAUUGCCACUGUCGUGUCCAAUGCCAAUGUCGCAGAAACCUUUGUCGUUUUCGUAUCGAGUGAGAUAGGAUGGGUUGAGAUGCACAAGCAAAAGUCUGGCAAAGUCGCUGAGGAUGGAAGAAUUAUUUGGGACUACCAUGUUUUUGCUAUUGUGAAACCUAAAAAUGCGCCAAGUACCAUGGUGUAUGACUUCGAUACAAUGCUAGACUUCCCGACCCCUUUUUCAAAUUAUAUAAAUGAGAGUUUUAGGUCUUCCCGAUUUCCAAGAAAGUUCCGCAUUGUGCCUGCCAAAGACUAUCUGCUCCAUUUCGCUAGUGACCGACGGCACAUGAGAAUGCCCGGCUCGGAUGCUUCAUCAGAAUCACCGGAAUUAUAUAGUGCGCCGCCGCCUUUAUACCCCCCCAUUAAAUCUUCCAUCCCUCUCUCCUCCUCAGCAUUUCUACCAGUGAAUGCGAGCUCCGAACUAUCCAGAUAUUGGGGAUCUGCGCAUAAUUGUCCCAUUACUGAUGAACACAGGUUACCUUUAUAUUUGCGGAUGGGGGAGGAAAUGGGAGGAGGGGAGAGUUCGGACGUGGUGACCUACGCUACCACAGGGUUUGGUAAGGUCGUAGACCUGCCAGGAUUGUGCAAAGCGUUCGGCUGA